AUGAAACGCCACCACGCAUCUUCCAGUAAAAUGGGGGAGACCGCUGGUGGGGGAUCAGUAAAAAAAACGUUUAAAUCACAAAAUCAACAGGGGCCUUCCAGCAAAAAAAAGGGAACAGAUGGAGAAGGAAGAAAACAAGUUCAAAAAAGAAAGCAGGUCACUCAGACAGUCAAAAGGAAAGCUAAGGAACACGAGGACUAUUCCCCUGCAGGAGAAAAAGGUUCUUCAAAAAAGGUGAAGCUAACCAGUGCUAAAAUAGGAUCUUGGCAGACCCUCUCAGAGAGCAGUAGGCAGUUUUUGGAAGCUGUGAUGGAUUCAGUAAUACUAUCUGUUUUGUGCCAACAAAGUGAGAGAAAAAGUGAUGUUCAGAAGCACCUCAAUUUACUGAAAGAAAGGAUGCUGAGAGUUUUCAAGACUUUAAAGGUGCCUCCAGGGAAGCUGGGCAACCUGAAGAAUGUCCUGAGCCUUCAAAUGGCAGAGAAGCAAAUGCUUGAGACAAAUGAAGAGUCUUUGGUACAAUUGCAGGAAGAAAUAAAUGAAGCUGAGCGAUCAGCAGAACGCAUUGAAGAAACCAUAAAACAACUGCAGUACAAAAUCCAGGUGCUCAAGAACCAGUUAGAGGAAGAUGAAAAAAAGGCCAGGAAGGUAUUCCAGGAAAAUGGCAGUGGAGCACUCCACCUUCCAGAACUCCCCAAGCGCAGUUUACAGGCACCCAUUCUGCAGGAAGAAAUUUUGAAGAUAAAAAAUCAAAAAGGUCUUUUAAAGGAUAUGAAUACUAUUCAGCAGUCAGCUGACUUGAAGAACCUGUUAACUCUCAUUGAAAAGACUUAUGAGAAGGUGGACUUCCUUUGA